GCGUAAACCCGGAGACGCCAUACGACCCAUCACUACAAGAUACGCAUCCUAUUGUGUUGAGAUCCCAUCGCAAACAGUCUGAUUCUCUUCAUCACCCCCGCCAAAACUGUCUUGUCCUGCGUUAUUUAUGAUAGUAAUCAGGUCCAUUGAGUCACGAUCUCGCACGACCGUUGUCCCUUCCUCUUCCAAGUUCCUGCGUCAAACGCCGACUCGACCCAAGUCAGUCAACGAAACAUACUAUCGGAUCCAAAGUGCCCGACGUAUAGCUCUGACCUGAAUCCCUGAUCGACUACUGCGUCACUGACCGCUGCCAUUGCUUAUAAUUACGAGAUGGCGUCCCUCGUCCCUCCACUCCCAUCAUCAGGAAGCUUCAUCAAGUCAAUCCGCGAGUCCUCCCGGUCUGUGCGUCAAAUAGCGAAUAUUACAAUCAAGCCGUCGAGCAUCAGGCGCCUACUCGUUUCUUCGGCAUUCACGACGACCUAUCAUCGUAUCGCGUCGACCUCACAUGGCCUUGCUUUGCCUCUCAACUUUCCCUCGCCGCUCGCCGAACUGAAUCUUCUAGCAAUAUUAUCGCUGUUGAACAUCGCAUCGGGUUAUCGUGUUCCCUUGCACCAACAGACAGGACGCGGUGCAUGGGACUCGAUCCGCGCAUUCGUCUUUGGUCUUUAUCUAUCUUCAUCUGCCGACGAUGAGAGAGAUCUCCUUAGCGCCCGCGGAAUGAGGGACAUCGGCGACACAAAGAUAGCGGAGUUGUUAGGCGUGAGCAUCCAUGUUGAGAAACCGCACGAGAGUAUGCCCGCAAUAACCGUGGGUGAGGUCGGAGGACCUGGAUGGGAAUUGGUUCAGCUGUUGAGAAAGCUCCUCAACGGGACAGGAGCUUUCCUCGUCAACAAUCGGUACAGAGACUUGGGCAGCUUCGUUGUGGAGGCUUUGAAAGAAGGCGAGAGAGCCGGGAAGGCCAACGGCGAUGAAGCGGCGGUGGAUGUCAUUGUGGAGCGGCUUGUCAGGGGAAUUCCAGGCUUCCAGGACAUGGGAAUUGUAGAUGGCCAGCCGAUCUAUUGCUUCAAAAAAGCUCUUUUCCUCGUCAACGGUAUUGCCAUCCGCUUCGGGCAUUUGUCCCCACCUUUCCCGGUCCCUCGCACGUCUUCCAUCCCGGUUUUUACAGACAACGUACUUCCCUCGAUCCUCAUACAUCUAGGGGUAAUUGAUCUCUCCACCGCAGCUCCAUCCAUCUCCUCUCUUUUCCCUAAUGCGGGAUCAGAAGAGAGUCUGGAGAAGCUCCUCGCGGCGUCGCCGGAGACGCCAUCGGGAAAGGCUGUGAAGAACGGAAAAGAGGUGCCGAAAGAAGGGCCCGUGCUUACAGCGGAACAAGCAUACAUUUUGCGUGCAGCGGCGAUCGAUGCCUGCGAGCUGAUCGUCGAAUACGCACACUCGAUGGACGUGGCAGAGCCGGAGGAUCGCGGCUUGGAGUGGCUCCGAGAAAUCACUCUUCCUGACUUGGAUACUUGGCUAUGGGCUGUCGCGAAGGACCGGCCGGAUUAUAGGAAGCUCGAGAGGUUUGUGCUGCGCAACACCCUUUUUUUCUGAAAGAUUGUCUACUCGCCGUGACGUGUAAAAUUUUGUUUCUUGUUUCUUGUUUCUUUUGGCAGCACCAGCUUCGAAUUCGAAGGAGUUGUCACUGUCAUCGAGCUAUAUUAGUUUCGUGUCUCCUACAGCGCUCGCAAUCUUGUGGUGGCUAUGACAAAGUAUCUACAGCUGCGUGCGAACGAGUAGUAGCCCUUCUGGUCUUCGCAUACGUAUUUGAAGCCUUCCCAUGCGAUGUACAAGUGAUGGCUAGUGAAAUAGCGAGCUCGCUUCUC